AAGAUUCAUAUGUACGCCCUGAACAAAUCCACUAUUUUCUUCUAUAUAUAAUCAGAUCAAUCAAAGACUGAGAGAGAUUCAUCAAAAACUUGUUUUGUUUUGUCUUCAAGCUAAAUCCGAGAGAUGGAAUUCGAAGUAAGCAAGAGAAUGAAUAUGUUAGAGAGGAGGCCUUCCAUAGAGACAGAGCCCAUGACGUUGCAUCUCGAUCAAAUAGAAAAUGCUCGAGAAGAAGCUAUGUUUGUGAUGAAAACUAAAACAAUGGAGGAAGCUAUGGAUAUCUUCACAAAGGAGACGCAUGAGGGUUUAAGAGCUAGUGAAGAAAGAGGACGAUGCAUAAAUUUGGAGGAUGACNUGUUCCCAAUCCACCGCCGUGAUCCGCCCCACCACGCCACGUUACGUGAUUCAGCAUCUUCUUCUCUCUCUCUUACGUCCCCACAUCGGACUUAUAAAAACAUGAGAUAUUUUUUAAAAGAUUCAUAUGUACGCCCUGAACAAAUCCACUAUUUUCUUCUAUAUAUAAUCAGAUCAAUCAAAGACUGA